CCGCGGCCGGCGAGAUGAGGUCCCCCUACGCGGUGUCCUGGAGCUUCGCCCUCCUCGCCGCCACGGCCGUCCUCAUGCCGGCCACGCACAGCGUGACCUUCGCACAAGUUGCUCCGGACAAGGGUGGCAGUAUGUUCGGCGACGUGAACAUUUCGGCGAUCCUGGACUCCUUUUCGGUUAGCUAUGAUAAAAGAGUAAGGCCGAACUACGGAGGUCCUCCCGUCGAGGUGGGCGUCACCAUGUACGUCUUGAGUAUCAGCUCGCUAUCAGAAGUCAAAAUGUCGAGGAAAAAAAUUCCCAAGAAGCUCUACUUCCACUGGCCCUGGAAAUUUUUCACCAAAGCCAAACCAAAGAAGCCGAUACCCACCCACACAGCCACGCCCCGAACGAUCGGGAGCAAUGCUCGUGUGGCACUUAGGGUCCUCGAGGAAGCACUUUGCCCCUGGCGCGUCAAGAUCAUCCAACACCAACCAGUUUAG